UCCAAUGUAAUUGUUGGUCUUUCCUUGUUUGGUUGAGUGUGGUGUCUUUACUCGCAAAGAAGAGAAGCCAUUCUCUUUCGUCAAACAGUCAUACUUUCUUCAAUUCUGUUUAUAAUUAUCGAGAAUUAUACAACCUAUCGCGGCGUAGUUUGACUGGUGCCGACAAUGGCGGAUUCCGUACCCCCAGAGGGUGUGUUUCCACUUGAGGCUCUGGUGCCGAAGAAGGAAACAGGUGCCCAAGCUUUCCUCACCAAACUGCCCAACUAUGACGGACGGGAUGUGACAAUAGCUAUUUUGGACACUGGUGUUGAUCCCGGAGCUCCAGGGCUUCAGGUGACGAGUACUGGGCAGCGUAAGAUGAUUGACUGCAUCGAUGCUUCAGGCAGUGGAGAUGUGGACACGUCCACCACUGUGACGACAUGUUCUACGCCGUGCGAUGAAGACAUUGAGAUUCAGGGUGUGUCACGUCGCAAACUCCAGCUCAACAAUCAGUGGCAGAACCCAACCGGCAUGUGGCACGUUGGAGUAAAGCUCCUAGAGCAGCUGUUCCCAUCAAGCGUCAACACGCGCAUCAAAAAGCGAGAAGAAGAGAAUAGCAAAUUCAAUGUGUCUCACCAGCAAGCAGUCGCACAAGCUACGCUAGACCUUGAGAAGUGGUCGACUGCACACCCAAGCCCCAAUCAGGAAGAGAAGGAUCACCAGGAUGAACUGCAAGCUCGUCUGGAUGUACUGUCAUCUGUCAUGAAGAAGACAUCCAUUGGAUCUGCUGCAGUGGAUGUUGUUGCAUUUCAUGAUGGAGACAACUGGAGAGUUGCAAUAGGUGUCGAGGAAAGCGGUGACAUGACUGGAGUUGAACCUCUUCUUCCUUUUCGCCUUUCAGGAAAGUACAGCACAUUUGCUGGUGAUGCCAUGGUUAACUACACCGUGGAUGUGUUUGACGAGGGAGCCACGGUGGCCAUUGUUGUGGCGUCGGGCUCCCAUGGAAGUCAUGUUGCAGGAAUCUCGGCAGCAUGCUUUCCGGAUGAACCUGUAAAGAAUGGUGUGGCCGCUGGUGCCCAGAUUCUGUCUGUGAAAAUUGGCGAUACUCGUCUGAGUACGAUGGAAACUGGAACUGCCUUCGUCCGUGCCGCCAUUGCUGUUGUCAAAUACAAGUGUGAUGUGGUGAAUCUCAGCUACGGUGAAGGUGCUCACCUUGACAAUGUCGGGCACUCUGUCAAAGUCCUGGCCGACUUGGCUAAGAAGCACGGCAUAGUGUUUGUGUGCAGCGCCGGUAAUAACGGGCCGUGUAUGUCGACCGUUGGCUGUCCAGGUGGCACUACUUCCGAAAUGAUUGGUGUUGGUGCCUAUGUAUCACCACAGAUGAUGGAGGCGCAGUAUGGCAUGCUGGAGAAGUGUCCCGGUCAAAACUACACAUGGUCAUCUACCGGGCCAUCAGCGGACGGUAACCUUGGUGUGGAUAUUAGUGCCCCGGGCGGUGCCAUCACAUCUGUACCCACCUGGACGUUGAAGAAUCAUGUCUUGAUGAAUGGAACGUCCAUGUCAUCUCCGAAUGCCGCCGGAUGCGUUGCUCUUAUCCUGUCAGGUCUGAAGGACAAUGGUGUCCCUUACUCCGCAUUUAGUGUGCGCCGUGCCCUGAUCAAUACAGCCCACCUCCCGUCGGGUGCGUCUCGCUUCAACCGCGGUCACGGCAUGAUCCAGGUAGAGCCAGCCUACGAGUGGCUACGUCGCUACCAUGAUGUCAUGGAGCACGACAUCUGGUUUGAAGUCAGUGUUGCUCUGCCGCGCAGGUCUCGCCAGAGAGGUAUCUACCUACGUGAUGGCUACGAGUCACUCUCACAGCCUAUCACCACAAGUGUCACCGUUACUCCUCACUAUCCACGCGAGCAUGCUGACUUUGUUGAAUCGCAGCUAGCACUGGACUUGCGACUGUCACUUGUGUCCAGCGAGAGCUGGGUGACUGUCUGCCCUUACUUGGCCUUGCCGAACUCAAGCCGCACAUUCCAAGUAUCUGUUGAUACCCGUGGCCUAGGAGAUGGAGAACACUAUGCGGAGGUGCGUGCGUUUGAUUCAGUGGAUCCCAGCCGAGGGCCCCUCUUCCGUGUACCUGUCUCCGUGCUCGUUCCAAAGAGCUUGACUGACCGCGCAUCUUACAAGGAGACGCUUGUCUUCACAUCCGGCACUCCACAGCGUCGCUUCUUCCGUGUGCCGGAGUCAGCUACAUACGUUGACAUAGUGGUUUCUAGCAACUCGCCAUCUGUGGCACGCUAUAACGUACAUGGUAUUCAGCUUGAGCCCAAAGCCCGCUAUUGUGAACACCAGCUGUACAAGAGCUUUGUGUUUUCGGCACCAAGUGAAGUGCAGAAGUUUCAAGGCCAUGUGCUGGGUGGUGCAAUGUUGGAACUGUGCUUUGCCAAGUGGUGGGCUAAUAGCAGUGCUGGCGAGAUAGCUGUAACAAUUCAGUUCAACUCGUUGCGCAUGACCAAGGCAGUGUCGUGUAUUCAAAGCAAUGAUGGCUUCCAGAAGGUGUUGGUUCGCAAUGGUCUUGGUCCGUGUGUGUUGAAGCCGCAGUGCUCUCUCACUCACCUUGUGUCCGUCUACACUCCGUGCGAGCGUAAGACCGUGUUGCCACUUGGUGAGCGCGAUGUGGACUCGCAAGGCUCACCUUCGUAUGAGCUACAACUGACCUACAAGUUUCAACUGAGCAGUAAAAGCCAAGAGGUUUCGCCACAGUUCCGCUGGUUGGAAAGCAUGCUCUACGAAUCUGACUACCACGGCCAGCUCUGGAUGUUGUUUGACUGUAACAAGCGCUAUAUCACGUCGGGAGAUGCUUUUGCAGAUCGGUACACUACUAAGCUGGAGAAGGGAGAGUAUACUCUCAAGCUGCAGGUGCGUCACCACAACAGCCAGCGAUUAGACAUACUGAAGGACUUACCCCUGUCAGUUGCUACCAAGCUCAGCAAUGCUAUUAGCCUCGAUAUCUAUGAGAGUCAGAGUGAUAUGCUCCAGUCACUGCAGAAGUUCACCUCACGGAUUGUGCCUUCAGGUGAAACCAUUCCCUUGUUUCUUGUUGGCUCGAGUCUGGAUAAACUACCCAGCGGUGCUAAAACCAACAGUAUCUUGGAAGGUCACCUGACUUUCAGCAAGCCGUUCACUUCGUCUAGCAGUAAAUCAACGGAAGCAGUGGAUCGUCAUCCAUUCUCACUCUGUGUUCAUAACUUAGCUGGAGAGAAAUCCAAGUCGUCGACAUCAGCUCUCACAUCUUCCGCAUCGAACUCAUCUUCCUCCCUGGCGUCAUCGUCUUCAGCGUCAAGCAAGGAUAGUUGUGAAAGUGAAGAAAAGGAGAAACCUGAUGACAAGUAUCGGGAAGCUCUGCGUGAUUUCAGCAUCGGUUGGAUGUCAAAGUCAGGUGACGUGCAGCAGUUUGCUGACCUUGCCCAGGCAUUUCCGGAUCACUUGCCUCUCUUCUCUGCUCACUUAAAUGCUGUCUAUAGUCGUCUGGAGAAGGAAGGCUGCAGUGCAGCAGCUGCUGUAAUCACUUCAGCAAACAAAGUCAUCUCUAUGAUCGAUGUCAAGGAGAUGGCCAGUGCCUACUAUCGCAAGAAGGACAGUCGCUGUGACGCGGCAACUGUCAAGAGCGGCGCUGAGAAGAAUAGGCAGUGCUUGCAGGAUGCACUGUUCAAGAAGGGCAUGGCGUUGCAUGCGCUUUUCUGUGGCACUCUCCCGAAAUCGGCCUCAUCAUCGUCGUCAUCAUUGUCUGCUACUGAGGCACAGAACCGUCAAGAUGUACUUAAGCAAUUUGCUGACAGUGCCGAGGAUGGCAGUGGCUUACCGCUCACGGAAGAAGAUGUGAAACGACAACUUACAGAUGUCAUCUCCAAUCUUGAGACCUGGUUUGAUCUCUUUGAUGCAAAGAUUGUUCCAUUGACAGUCAAGUAUUUCCAGGACAAUGAUUGGCAUGGCCGAGCACUCAGUGCUUUCUUGAAGACCAUGGACACACCUGCAUCGGCUAACCUGAAGUCUGAAGAGGAACUCUGCAAGAUGUUGGACAAGCUAGGGUACAGUCACCUGUCUACAGUUCGCAGGACAGCACUGCAUACCAAGUACCCACCGGCCGCUCUACCUUUCUGAACUGAUGCUGAUGCUGCUGCUGCUGGUGUUCAUCAGCACCACCGGUCCUUCUAGCUAUGCUCAAUAGCCAGAUUUCCAGCUAUGGUGGUGCUAGCUGCAUGCCUAGUCAUCCUAGUCCUGGUCCAUAAUAAUGUGCACAUGCACACAUAGGCUGGCUGUUGAAUCUUACCGCCAAUCAGUACCAUGCCCAGUGUCCUAUACACUGAUGGUGCUGCUGCUAGUGCAAGUGAAGCCAGCAGCAGAGCCACCACCGGGUCUGCUAGAAAUGUGGCUUAUUCUUUCUUCUUCGUUUUACCCAUUUUGUGUAUAUCAACGGCCUGUCAAGCAGUGCUCAAGCACUAGCUGCAGCAGCAGCUCCUGUGGUUGGGCACUGCUUGAAUGCCUUUCCAGCAGAGUGUUUCUGAAACGGUGUUCACUGCUGACGCUCCAGCAGAGUGUUUCUGAAACGGUGUUCACUGCCGACGCUACCCGAUACAUUCUUGACAGGCAUCCCAUGACUUUGACAAAGCGCUUGCACUCCUGAACCAUGGCGAUGUGUUACCGGAGACUGGAGUGUCAGUCACCAUCGACUCUGUGACCUGGUUGCUUUACUGCCACGUCCUUGGAGUGAUGUGUGCUCCUGUCUUGUCCUGGCUUCAUGACAGUUUUGUGAAUGGUAUGUGUAUAUGUGUGUGGUCAAUACGUGUACUUGCUGGAUGACACACUUGCACCCAUGCAUGCACACAGGGCCACAAUUGUAUUGCAUGACAUUAUACUGCUGCGUCCGUACCAAACAUGUUCGCAAUGAAACGUCCCUGUCUUGUCCUUGCUCGUCUGCUGACACCUUUUUCUAGCUGUAGUCUUUCAGUGAAACAUAAUAGUAUUGUUACUUUGUGUCUUGUAACUGGCAAUAUUGCCAAUGUAUUUUCUGUAGAAGCCAAUAGGUGCCUACUAUAGGAAGUCUUGUAUCAUCCAGAAUAGUUCAGCAUAUUUUUUGUUCUUCGCAACAUGAAUUCUCAGCAGCCACAGACCAUAAUAAUAUUAGAA